AUGAGGGAAUAGUAAUGUAUUCCAAUAAACAAGAUAUAUACAAGAAGAAGAAGAAGAAGAAGUGUCAACUUACUGGCCUGUUCUUUCCAGGCCCCUGAAGAAUGGCAUGAAAUUCCAAGUUCAAAAUCACUUUAAGCAGUGACAAAAGAGCUAUAAACUAGAAUGGGCAAUCCACAUAUCCUAGUUAUACCUUAUCCAGAGCAAGGCCAUAUAAUUCCUUUACUGGAGCUUUCACACUGCUUGGCUAGUUAUGGGUUCAAAAUCACAUUUGUAAACACACAACACAAUGAAGAGCGUAUCAGGAAUGCAUCGGGUUUGAAAGUGAAAGGUGAUACAGAAGAUUUGAUACAUCUAGUCUCGUUUUCUGAUGGUCUGGAAUCUGGGGAGGAUAGGUUUAAGCCAGGGAAAAGAUCUGAAACGUUCCUGACGCUUAUGCCAGGAAAAAUAGAGGAGUUAAUAGAAAGUAUUAAUGCAUCGGACAGUGACAAGAUCAGUUGCAUCCUUGCUGAUCAGACUAUUGGAUGGGCCUUGGAACUUGCAGAGAAGAAGGGGAUCAAGCGAGCUGCCUUUUGUUCUGCUGCAGCUGCAAUGUUAGUCCAGGGAUUCAGCAUCCCAAAACUGAUUGAAGACGGAAUCAUAGACAAGGAAGGAACCCCCGUGAAAAUGCAGACAAUUAUGCUCUCACCAACCAUGCCUGCAAUAAACACAGCACAACUCGUAUGGGCUUGUCUUGGCAACAUGAAUUCCCAGAAAUUAUUUUUUGCACUAAUGGUUAAGAACAUCCAAUCCAUGAAGCUAACAGAAUGGCUGCUAUGCAACUCAGCUUAUGAACUUGAGCCUGGAGCAUUCAACUUGUCUCCACACAUCAUUCCAAUAGGACCACUUGUAGCUAGCAACAGACUUGGAGAUUCAGUAGGAAGCUUCUGGCAAGAGGACUCAACAUGUUUGGAAUGGCUAGAUCAGCAGCCACCACAAUCAGUCAUCUAUCUUGCUUUUGGAAGUUCAACUGUUCUAAGCCCUACUCAGUUCCAAGAAUUGGCUCUGGGAUUGGAUCUGACUAAUAGACCAUUCUUGUGGGUUUCAAGGCCAGAUAUAACCAAUGGAACACCUAAUGCUUUUUUACAAGAAUUUAAAGACAGAGUGAGCCCUCAGGGUAAGAUAGUGACUUGGGCACCACAACAAAAUGUGCUGGCACACCCUUCUGUUGCUUGUUUUGUGAGUCACUGUGGAUGGAACUCUGUCAUUGAAGGUGUAUGCAAUGGAGUACCUUUCCUGUGCUGGCCUUACUUUGCUGACCAGUUCUUUAAUCAAAGCUACAUUUGCGAUAUUUGGAAGGUUGGAUUAGGAUUUAACAAGGAUGAACAUGGGAUAAUAACAAGAGGAGAAAUCAAGAACAGGGUGGAGCAACUGUUGAGUAAUGAAGAGUUUAAAGCAACAUCAUUGGAACUCAAGGAAACUGUCAUGAAUAGUAUCAAAGAAGGUGGUAGUUCUUAUCAAAAUUUCAAGAGAUUUAUUGAAUGGAUCAAGGCUUAGGUGGUUUAUUUUACAACCAUCACAACAUGUCUUCGAGGUAGAGAUUGAUUUGCGUGUUUGCCUCUGUUGUCUGGCAUCUUGCCUUCGUAACAUGUAGCCUGGCAUUAUCAAGUACUUGCUCUCUUUCUUAGUUUAAAAUCUUUAGAUGAUUUCUUCAAAA